AUCCGGAGCCUGCAGUAGCUUACGUCAGCACUCGCCAGGUGCCAGCACAGGUUACCAGUACAACAAUUGCAGGCUAUCCACUGGUUUGGAGGCAGAUAUGUCCCUUUUCUCACCUCUGUCUUCACCAGUGAAACAAUACAUGGACUACAGUAUUUAUCAACCCAUCUCAUACAACCAAAUGGACUCUCCACUGGGUCAUCAGACUAAUAGAACCUCCCCAGUUCAACUUGAAGCACGCACCCAGAUGUGGCUGACUGAGCACAUGGAGCACAGGCUCAAAGGAAAGUGUGGAGGUGAACUUGGUCACAACAGUGAUACUGGAACAGAGGGCUGCGGUGGAGAUGAGCAGUCACUAUGGCAACAGCGACAUCAAUGUGAUCCAGGGCUUAAACAGAGAGGGACCUCCCUGCCUGUCAACAAUCUGGUCAAGGUAAAAGAGGAUCUACUGAGACAAAGAGAGCAACAGAUAAAUAGACAAAAGCUACAGAUCUUGCUACUACAUGCGCGGAUCAGAGAUAACGAACAGAAAAUACAUCAGGUCUUAAAGAGCCAGAGAAGGUUGUUUGAUGACUCUCACACCCGAAACAUCCAGGACUCAACAAUGAGAACUUCACGCAAGCAGCCACCUGAUCAGUUGUCCUGUGAUGAAGAACUUGUUAAGAAAUUAGCUGUGGCUGAACUUGACACAAUCCAUUUCAACAAAGUCUUCAAGCAAAUUACUCAGAAAUAUUCAGAGGAUAUCAGAAAACUGGAGGAAAGGAUAAAAACGAGGGAUCGCUACAUCAGUAGUCUAAAAAAGAAGUUUCAGCGAGAGAACAACCAAAACCAAGAAAACCAGCAACGCAUAGAGACACUGGAGAAAUACCUUUCUGACCUGCCAACAUUAGAUGAAGUACAGGUCCAGGCCAACAGGCAGGAGGAGGCACAGCAGAAAUGCAAGAAACUGGAGAAAAUAGUGUCUCACCUAAAAAAGAGCCUAGAGGAAGGAUGUACUUUGAUGAAGGACAAAGACAUCGAGAUGAAGAUGCAGGCAAAGAGAGAGAAAGAAUUGAUUGCAUCUGUACAUAGUCUACAGCAAAAGGUGCAGCAGUGUUUGGAUGACGGGGUGAGGCUACCUAUGCAAGACUUGAAGCGGCUUGAGGUGGAAAACCAUCAGCUUAUUAAGCAGCAAGAUCACAGCAGCAAGCUGUUUAAGCAUCAACGAGAACAGAUUGAGAGACUGACCUCACAACUCAUGCAGCAGGUGAUGGACGAAGGGUUGCUGGUGUCUUCUUUAGCCCAUGUGGAAAUUCCAGAAGUGGACCAGCUGCUGAAAGAGAUGUCCCUUUGUCUACUGGACCUCCAGGGUCUCUGCAGCAUCUUGGCUCAGAGAGCGCAGGGGAAAGAGCCCAACCUGUCUUUGCUUCUAGGAAUGACAUCACUGAGCUUUUCAGCAGAGGAGAGUGACUGCAAAGUGGUGGCAGUGGAAGACAAGUUAAGGUUAAAGCUACUGGAAGUUGGCCAGCUGAGGAAAGACAUCGAUGCGCUGAGGAAAAGCAUCUCAGACUGCUACAAUCAGUUUAUGGGUGACUGCAUUUCUCAGUGACUUCCUUUCACAUUCUGUACUUCGCAGAGAAAGAAUGCAAAAUGAUACUUGUAUGAUCGCUGUGUACAAGUAACUGACAUCUCCCUUUGGAGCUGAGUGGACAGCACGUUCACAUAUAUAUGGGACAACCCCAAACUUCCUGUUAAAAAGUAUCCAGGUGGAGCGUGUGAAUGAAUAAGGACAAUGUUUGUUAAUGUUUUCCUGAACUGUUUAAUAAGCUUUUAAAAAAUCAGUUUUGAGGAUCUGCCAAUUUGGAAAAACAGCUGCUUGGAAAGACACUGGAAUCCCAAAGGCGCAUCUGUAUAGUUUCUCCAGCAGUCAGCUAAUCGUGUUGCUGCUGCUUGAUGCAGCUCGUAUUUUAAUACAUGGCAGGGGCUCUCUGAUGUCAGGUUAAUAAAGAGAGAUCGUACGAAGGAACUGAAUGUAAUUGAGUUAUUAUAAACACGUGUUAAAGAGAGUAUGUACAAAUAUAAAGCAAGCUGCACACUGAGAUAAAGUAAGGGGACAAUAUUUCAAGUAUAAAACAGUAAUUCUUGUAUUGCACUUAAAUUAUGAAAAGAAUAUUAUUGUCCCCCUGAAAGCACUGAGUAGGUGAUCGGUUCCAUUUGUUUGUCUGUUUGUUAGCAGUCUAGCAUCUGAUGAUAGACACCAACAGCUCGAGCUGAUUGAAAGCAAGAACAAAAAGGUGACAUCAAAUGUCCAAAUCAGUAAAACUUUAUGUCACUCACAAUUUUUAAAGAUUGUUUUCAAACUUCACAACAACACACGAGGCCUUUGGGGACAUGAGUACCUAAGCUGGCUAAGCAUUUGACCUUGAUCUUCAUUUAUAGUCAAAGUUGACCUUGAAGAAACAAAUGAGACCGUACUGAGCAGUAUAUGGUAUAUAUGAGGAGCGAACUGUACAACACACCUCUUGUUUUUUUUUCAGUGUGAUGGCCUACAACAUCACGAUUCCAUAAUAGGUCUACAUCAUUAUAAUGUAAUAAAAACAUCAUGAAACAGAUUUAGUACGUUCUCUCUGAGUGAUCUUGUUGAAAUAUAUACUGCACUUGUGAAUAAGGCAGAUUAUGGCAGGAAAGACGCAAAUGUGAAAGCUUGUUGUGUGUGUGUGUGUGUGUGUGUGAU